AUGAGCUCCAUCGUCGCCAAGUUCUUCGAAAAGUCUCGACUUCAGAAGGAGAAAGACCUGGCUGAGGAGCAAUGGAUCGCACGUCUUCACUUGCUGAAGACGUGCGGUGACCAGAUUCACGACGAUUUCGGGAACUUGGCUCUUUACGUAAGCUUUAAACGAAUUUUCAAACAUUAAUAAAUUUUUUUUCAGUUCAAUCUGGCCCACAAAAAGGGUGGAAUCGAUAGUUUCACGAGCACCGACGGACGCCUCAUGAUCGUGAGUUUUUUCAUUUAUUUUUUCAAAUACCUGAGAUUUUCGGAGACUUUUUCAAUUUUCAAAUAUCUUAAAAGUUUUGAGACCCUUUUCCAACAAGCUUCUAAUCGGAAAUUCUCCUUGAGAUCUUCCAAAAACCUUUAAAAUUCAUUUUUAUGAUUCUUUAGUUUUCUGAAUCCUUCUGACAUCAUCAUAACAGUUCCUAGAAGUCUUUAACCUUUAAAAAUCGUUCCCAAUAAAAUUAUGGGCUUAUGAUGGGAUUAACGGGGCUUAGAAGACCCCUAAAACUCCAAGAAGUCUUCUGAAAAGCUUCAAAAAAAUUAAAAUUGAAUAGCCCCCCUAAAAAGUUCCCUUUAGAGCCUUAAUAAACUACAUUUUCCAGAAAAAAAGCCUUUGUAAGCUUUUUUUUCUUUUUUUCAAAUAUUUUAUGUAUCUUAAUAUCCUUCCAAAAACCUCAGAAAACGCGAAACAGCCCAACAAACAUUCUUGAACUCCUUGCAAACGUCGCCAUAAUUUUCAGAAGCUUGCGGAAAAAAUGGUGACUAGCCUGGACGACGAUCUGGUCAUAGUCGAGCAGCAGAUCAUCACUCUCGAUCUUCUCCAACAGAAAAAUAGCCGGGAACUCGCCUUGGAGGUCCUGCAAAUCGCUCAAUUCAUUCGUUUCGAGUGCGUCCGGCUCAAAAAAGCCCUCCGGACUUUCCAACAGAGUUGUGUUAGUUCUUUUCUUUAUUUAGUUGUUUGGAAGAGUUUUUGUUGAGAAAUGGAGGUCGAAGUUUGUCAAAUAACUUUAGAAGAGAGUAACCAGCUCAUUUAAAAAGCAUGAAAGCUUCUAAGAAUCUUCUAACUAGGAAACUCCUUACCCCCUCUAAAGAAAAAUGUCUCGAAAUAGAUAUCGUUUUCGAGUUAGAACGCUUCAAAAGCUCAAAAUAGCGCUUUUUGUCUUAAUUUCAUAUUUUUCGGACUUUGAAGCUCCAUUACUUUAAAACAAGAUUUAUUGCGGGAAAUUUUUAUUCUGCAGUUAAUAGGUUCUAAAAUACACUCAAACAAAGUUUCAUCGAAGGUUCAACUCGGGGGCGUGAAAAAAAGUUUCCUAGUUAGUCACAACUUUAUUCCUUUUUUUAUUUUCGCUGUUUUCGAUUUGAAAAAGGUUAAGUUUGGCUCGGGUUUAACAACUUGCGAAAAUUGUUACCUCCCAAACUCUUUUUAAAAAAAUAUCAACUCGCCCUAAUUUUUUUCUCGGUUUUUUGGACUGAAUCUUUUGCUUUGUGCUUAUUCUCCUUAUAAAACCUUCUGUUAGAACUGUUCCCGGUCUUUAUAAAACCUUUGGCCAUUUUCUAGCAAGAUAAAGACCAAAAGUCGAUUCACUACCAGCUUCGAAUAAAUUUAAUAUUUUUCAGGAAAACCACAUAUUUCAUUCUCUAAUGAUCAAGGAGCUAAAUGACAACGUCGGACGCCUCCAAUACGCUAUAUCUCAAGUCCCCGAUUUCGAGCAAAUCCGUCGUCGGCUUUAA